AGAAGUUAUUUGACAAUUGUUUCAGCACGUGUGGUAUAGAAUGUUUUGCUUGGUUUCAAUGUUAUUUCGUUAGGAAUAUAAAGCGAUUUAAUAGGCAAAAUGAGUAAAAAUUUGUUUGAUGGGUCAGAUGAGAGUGACGUCGGUGAUCUACAAAUAAAUACUAACAAGGAAUAUGCAAAAUCCUACAACAAUUUCCGUAAAAAAGAAUUACUAAAGAAAUUCAAAGAUCGGGGCUAUGAUGUCGCAGACUCCGAUUCAUCUAGCAAUAGUGAAACGUCCUCGGACGAAGAUGAAGUUGUUGAUAUGAAAUUCGAUCAAGAGUUCCUUAAAACAUUGGCGUCAUUGAAAAGCAAAGAUCCAACGAUUUACGACAAAAAUACACAAUUUUUUCAAGCGUUGAAUGACAACUCUAAUGAGAGCGAGGACAAAACAGAUAUAUCAAAAAACAAACGGAGUAAACCUAUAACAUUGAAGGACUAUGAACGGCAAAUUAUAUUAGAUAAGGGUGGAAAAUUUGAAGAUGAUUCUGAAGACGAUGUGGUGGAGCGACCAGCAUCUCCUACCUUGAUCGAAGAGGAACGGAGACUAAAGGAAGAAUUUAAGAAUGUCAAUGUAAAUGGCUCCGAUGAUGAUGAAGAGGCAGAUACAUUUGGAGGUAUUUUCAAAAAACGCACAAAAACUAAAGAGGACCAGGACAAGGAGGACGCAGAUUAUUUAAAAUGGUUAGCUGGCAAAACAGAAGAUAUUGAAGAACCAAUCAAGGAAACAUUGAAACCACUUAAAAACUAUUGGAGUAGUAAUAAGUUAUCGCAAAGGGAAUGUUUUCUGCGGGAUUUUAUUUUAAAUAAGGGUUAUGCUAACACGAAAUCGUCAGAUAUUCCCACUUAUGAUGAAAUCGUUGGUGAUAAGCAACCUUUGUCAGAAGAUGAAGAAGAGCUUGAAAAACAAGCAGAAUUUGAGAAAAAAUAUAAUUUCCGCUUUGAAGAACCGGAUACGGAAUUUAUAAAACGCUAUCCAAGAACUAUCGAACAGUCGGUUCGGCAAUCAGACGAUCGACGAAAGGAAAAGCGCCAAGAAAUAAAAGAGCGGAAAAAGCUUGAAAAGGAGCAAAAAAUGAAGGAAUUAGAACUUGUCAAAGAUAUGAAGCGCAGAGAAAUUGAAGAAAAAAUACGAAAACUUAAAAUGGUGACCGGCAAUGAAGAACUUGGAUUUAAAGACGAGGAACUUGAAGAAGAUUUUGACCCUGCAGCACAUGAUCAGCGAAUGCAGGAAAUUUUCAAUGAUGAAUAUUAUCAAGUUGAUGAAGGUGAAGAAAAACCGGAAUGCCCUUCUGAUAUAGAAGAUUUAAAAUUUGAAAACUGGGAUAACUACGAUCCGAAUGAUGGAGAUAAUUAUGAUGGCCCACACUGUGAAGACGAAGAUUUCAAUAUGGAUUGUGAUUACGAUCCUGAAACAUCAAAAGAGAAAUUGCAAAAGGAGCUCAUUGAAAAUACAAAGAGAAGAAAAGGACGUAAAGGCCGUAAAAAUGAAUUUAUGGAACUGAUAAAAUCGAAAAAACCAGCAUUCGAUCCAGAAGAUGAAAAAACGUAUGAAGAGUAUAUCGAUGAGUACUACAAGCUAGAUUGUGAGGAUAUGAUUGGAGACGUUCCGUGUCGUUUUAAAUAUGUCGAAACUACACCAAACGACUUUGGGCUCACCAUAGAAGAGAUUCUUUUAGCCAAAAACAAAGAACUGAAUCAGUGGGCAAGUUUAAAGAAAACUAUCCAAAUUCGACCUGAACACAUGGAAAAGAAAGAUCAAAGGUUAUAUAAAAUGAAAGCCAAAAACGAAGCGCUCAAACGGAAAAUAUUUAAAAGCCUAUACGGAGAAGGUUCUGAUGAUGAUGAUGAUGAUGAUGCUGUUGUUGUUGAGGAGAGUAAACAACGCAUCGAAAAUCAGCAAAUGCAACCAGCAUCUCCUUCCGUUAUUAUAGAGAAUCGAACGAGCGGUGAUGAAAAUAUUGGGAAAGGAAAUAAAAGGAAACGGCAAGGGCCAGUGGCGGAUCUAAAUGAGGAAACCUCUGUGAGUGUUACAGCCUCAGAACAUCCUGACGAAGCCAAUAAAAAAAUAAAACUAAACGAAGAUUCGAGCAAUAUGAAAACGGAACCUAAAGAUAAGAAAAAGCGGAAAAAACGUAAAACAAAGCUCAAAAAAGGUGAAGUUACGUCAGCGAACCAAACAAUCACGAGCCAAGUGGAUGCCAAUAAGCAUCAGCCGAAAGAGCGAAAUCCAAACAAAACGAAUCCUUUUAAAAUAAAUAACAAAGCGUCUGCGAAUGAUCAAUCUUUUGUAAAAAAGGUCAGCAAUAUACAAGGUUUCAAGUCUAAGCCGAAUAAAUCAAAUCCCUUUAAAGGCAAAACAAAUGCUGCUAAAAGCGAUAAAUCUCGAAGCAAUUCAGAGAAGAAUACAACAAAGAAUCCUAAUAGUAGCGUAGGCAUUAGCGACGAACGUCUUAAAGCUUAUGGCAUCAAUCCGAAGAAGUUCCAUAAAAAGAAAAAAUACGGAAAACAACAAAAUUUGUGAAUGUUAAAAAUAUUUUCUAAAAGGAUUUUGGCUAAAAUAAUAUUAAAAUUUUAAAUUUAAUUAAAAUUUUAUUUGCUGGUCAAAAAUUUUAAUAAUGAUGUUUGUAUUUACAAGCACCCGUAUAUUGUAAAUAUG